AUGGCCUUCGCUGGUGUCCUCAAUGAUGCUGAUGUCAAAGCUGCCCUUGAUGGCUGCGCAGGAGCUGACUCCUUCGACUACAAGAAGUUCUUCAAGGCAUGCGGCCUGGCCGCCAAGUCCGCUGAGGAUGUGAAGAAGGCUUUCUUCAUCAUUGACCAGGACAAGAGUGGCUUCAUUGAGGAGGCUGAACUGAAACUGUUCCUGCAGAACUUCUCUGCUGGCGCCAGAGCACUCACCGACAAGGAGACCAAGACUUUCCUGGCUGCCGGUGACAGUGAUGGUGAUGGCAUGCUUGGAGUUGAUGAGUUUACCACCCUUAUAACAAUGGCCUUCACAGGUGUUCUGAAGGAUGCUGACAUUGCUGCAGCCCUGGAAGAGUGCAAAGGCGCAGACUCAUUCGACCACAAGAAGUUCUUCAAAGCUUGCGGUCUAUCUGGCAAGUCCGCUGAAGAUGUCAAGAAGGCCUUCUUUAUCAUUGACCAGGACAAGAGUGGGUUCAUUGAGGAGGAUGAACUGAAGCUGUUCUUGCAGAACUUUAAGGCAGGUGCACGUGCUUUGACCGACGGUGAGACCCAGACUUUCCUCAAGGCCGGCGACAGCGACGGAGAUGGCAAGAUCGGCGCUGAUGAGUUCGCCGCGAUGGUUAAGGCAUAA